AUGGUACUUUUCCAGUCUUCCAAUAGAUUCUCCAUUCUUCCCAUCAAGCACCUCCCCGAUGCCGAAGACGAAAACGAUUCUCUCCUCCCUCCCACAUCACAAAUCUCAUCCCCAAAACGUACACCUGCACCACGAAACCCUCAUUCCCACCCCUCCGCCCGCCAGCCCUCCCUCGCCAAACUCCCACCAUUCCUAAGAAUCCCCCGCGAAUUGCGCUGGAUGAUAUUCGACGCGCUCGUAGCGUCCAUUACCAAAAUCGAUAUUAAACCCUCGUUUAUCGAUACAUUCCACGCAUUGCGUCUCAGCACCAAAGGACUUCGAGAAGAAGUUAUCGGAUGGCUAAGAAAAAGACCCGAUGUGAUCAAUGCAUUUCCCUAUGGCUGUUUUAUCCCGCAACGCACCACAUUUAUUUUGAAAAUCGACGAUCACUGGAAAAAAAUCGUCAAGCACAAGACGGUUUCUGGGUCCCACGUAACAUUUAAGAGUGGUCCCAAAAAUAAAAAGACAAAUGACAAUUCGCAGUUCCCCGAAACAAAAGCCAUCAAAUACAUGAGUCGAGAACAAGCAUGGUACAGUUUCUGCCGCGCAUUAACCCCGUUACACAUGACGAAAAUGCAUCUCAAAUUCGAGAUAUCUCUCCCGGAAGAACUCGCACCGACGAGUCACGGCAGCGGAUUGAGUGCUCUUCCACGCGAAGAAUUAUUCCAAGCGCUCGCCGCAUCGCGAUAUCAGGAAGGAGCAUGGGCAUCGCAGCGGGUGUAUCUACAGGGGACCCUGGAUCAACUAGCGAGUUUGUAUAAAACGGAUACGCUGGCGCAAAUAGGAGAUAUGGUGCACCUGGUGCAGAAAACGGAAUUUGAUAAGGAGACGUGGAGGUUGUUUCGGGAUCAGCAGUGGGAGGUGGAUGAUUAUGAGAGUUUGUCGUAUCCGUUUGAUGCGACGUAUUGGGAGGAUCAGAAGUGGAGGGUUUGGGGGAAGGGGAAAGGGAAGGAGGUUUAUGAGUAUGGGGGGAGAGUCAUGGAGGCGGUGAUUGCGUCGGCGGAGGAGUUGAGGAGGGGUCCAAGUUUGGAGGGUUGGGCUUCUGUGGUGUCGGAGGUGGAUGAGGAGGAAUUAUUUGUGUCUAGGAGGGGUGAGUUAGGGGGGAAUACGGAGUGUUUGUGA